CUUUCCCCCCUCUCUUUUGGCAUGUCCAAUAAUAAAGAAACAAAUCAAAAUGCGAACAAGGACCUAAGCUGUUUACGUUGUCGAAAAAAGAAAGCAAAAUGUUCCAAAACACGACCGACAUGUGCUCGUUGCGAACGCUCGAAUCAACCUUGUGAAUAUCCAGAUGCUCCUCCAAAUCUGACUGAUCUUUCCAAAAAGGUACUGGAUUUGUAUGACUCUUUACGUGAUCUGGAAGGUGAAUUUCUAUUCAAGUAUAUGCAACAAUCUGGCGAGCAAGAAAACGAUAUUGGAGAUAGUCAUACAGACAAUAUCAAUGACAAUUCCUCUUCAUUAUCAAACCCACAGCGAUUAUCUCCACCUUCAUCACCUGCUGAGCAACCUGUCACUAACGAAGCAGUAUCAACUUCAGUCACUUCUUGGCAACAACAACUUGAAGAAGAAUCUGUAAAAGAACAAACUCAAGUAAGCUGGUCCAUGUCUUACUUAUCUGAAGGCAUAUCUAUUCAAGCAACCACUCACACCAUAAAUGAAUUUAUCGUGUUUAUCGACAAUCUUACUCGUCAAUUAUUCAGAGAUUUUGGUACUGACUCAACCUUAUCAACCUAUUGGGAACUGGAUUCAGUAGAUCAUGGUGAUUUGAAUGACGAUUAUUAUCUUGACAACAACAAGAAUGGUUACGAUGAUGAUGAUGAACUGGAUGAAGAUGCUUACCUUGUCACUGUACCUAUUUUUACUACUUCCUAUUUCUUACUUAAUCAACAACAACAACAACAUAAAAAAUCAUCAACUUGUGCACCAGACACUCCAAUAGUUGUAUCACUUUUACCAUCCAUGCUUCAUUAUGUACAUAUAAAAUUACAGUCUCUCGAUACCAAUUCACCCGCUACCAUUUCACAUCAUAUCACUCUACUUUUAGACCACCUAGUAAGCUUCUUGCCGGCUCAAGUUGAUCAUAGCGAGCAUGGAUUAUUGACUGAUCCUCUGACGAUUGUGUAUAUAUUAACAAGCUAUUUGACUUGCAAAGUCUUCCUUCAAGAUUCUGAUGAUAAAGACAACACGGACAAACCAACAGACCCGUUGAUCGGAAAAGCUUUGACGUUAUUGGAUUGCUACAAUUAUACCAAAACAACGAUCAUUGACAUUGUGUUACAAGUGACUCCGACUUAUGCUGCAUGCCUCUCCGUCUUAUUACUAAUAUGGAUCCAAAUGGAAUGGCAACCACAACAACAACUGAGACAAGAGGACAUCAUCAUUGAUAACGACAUAAAUGUAGUUACUGUAGAUAUGGAUAGUGGAUUGUUACUAUUAGAUUUGGCGUGGCGAAUGUUCACUAGCUCCAUGUGGCAUGGUACACAAACAAAGGAAGCACAAGUGAUCGGUGCGUCACUGGUCUAUAUUGAUGUCUAUGCUACGACUUUUCAACAUCAACAUCAAAAACAUCUUUCCAAUAUCACAUCACAUCUAAGUCACGACAUUGGAACGGCGUUACGACAAAAACUUUCGACUUCAUUAUUAAGUCUAUUGGAUCAAAUUGAAAACAUGGAUUCUCAACGUUUGAUUUGUGUUCUUUUGGAAUCUCAACUGAUGUGGUUUCUUCAUCAAGUAUUAGGCUUAUUUUAUACCAAAACGUCAAAAUCGCCCUUGACAACAACAACAAGCAAUGGACGUGAAAGAUCAUGGUGUACCAAAAAAAGAACAUGCGAUGAAGAUGGAAAUGAUCAUGGUACUGCGGACGACGAUGAAUUGGAAGUUAGAAAGGUAGAUGUGGAUGAUGUAUUGACUCUAGUACGUGAUUUGGAACAAUGGGAGCAACAAUUACCAAACUGGGCUACUUGGCAAGUUCCCGAUGAUCAUCAGAUGACAACAACAACUAUGCAUCCAAUGACAAGGCAACUUCACUUGACGUUGAACAUUGUGAAAAUCUUAUUGUUCCGACCAUUUUCUACUGAAUUCAAACAAUACGGUAUGGAGCAAACAUAUACGAAAACAACUUUUCUCGAUUUAUCAAUACAUUCAGCUGAUCGAUUAGCGACAUGUUUAUGUUGGAACAAAGGGAAAAAAGACAAUUGGACUUUUGCGGCAUAUCAAAUGAUUUGGGAUGUGGUGAAUAGGGUCAAAGAAACAUUUGAUUCGGAUCAAGAAAUCAAGAUACAAUUAGAUUAUUUAGUACAUAGAAUAGAUUCUUUUUGAUUAAAUAAAUAAAAAAUUCUCUUUU